AUGAACGGAACACAUUACCUAAUAAGUCUUGGUGGCUAUGUAGAUGUAGACAAGUACAGAUAUGUAUAUUUUGCGGUUUUCUUGAUGUUAUACCUUCUCAUCCUAUGCUGUAAUUUAACCAUUAUUUGUCUUGUUUGGAUUCACAGGAAUCUUCAUGAGCCAAUGUAUAUUUUUAUUGCAGCUUUGUCUUUCAACUCACUUCUGUUCAGCACUGUUAUCUAUCCCAAACUCCUAGUAGAUGUCUUGUCUUACAGGCAGAGCAUUUCUCACUCAGCUUGUAUGUUCCAGUAUUUGAUAUUUUAUUCUCUAGCAGGCUCCGACUUUUUGCUGUUGUCAGCCAUGGCUUACGACAGGUACGUGUCCAUCUGCAGACCUUUGCAAUAUGCAGCUACAAUGCGUCCAGCCAGCGUCGUAGUCUUCUUGACUGUGGCCUGGAUUUUGCCUGCCUGCCUCGUGUUGGUGGCGACCGUCUUCACUGCCCAGCAAAAAAUGUGUCACCUUGUAUUAUCAGGAAUGUUUUGCAACAAUGCCAUUCAGAAACUCUACUGUGUGGUCCCCAGAUUUCUCACUGUGUGGGGUUUGGUUGUUUUAACAAAUAUUACUCUCUUCCCAGUGCUGUUUAUCCUGUUCACAUACAUAAAGAUAUUCAUUGUGACCUAUCGGAGCUGCGGAGAAAUCCGUAAGAAAGUGGCAGAGACGUGCUUACCCCACUUGAUGGUUUUGAUCAGCUUCUCGUGUUUGUGCGGCUUUGACGUCAUCAUAGCACGGCUGGAGUCGGAGCUGUCAAAAACUGUGCGACUGAUAAUGAGUUUGCAAAUUGUGGUAUACAAUCCUCUGUUUAAUCCGAUCAUAUACGGAGUUAAAAUGAAAGAAAUCUGGAAACACAUUAGGAAAUUGCUGUUUUGUCAUAGAAGAUGA